CAAAACGUUUCUUCUAGUUGCAGAAACAUAAAAAAGGCAUCUUGCCUAUUCAAGUCUUUUCAGCAAAAAACAACACAUUGACAAUUUGACGCAGCAACAUGUAUUUUACGUUUUAGGAGUUGCAGAGAGGCUUGGAAAAGAAAACGAGAAAGCUUUUUGCUUUGAUGAACAAGAAGCUCAGCUAGCAGCAACAUUCAACUUUGCUGAAUUAAGAAGAACCAGAGACCCCAUUAAUUUCAUGCAAUUGCCCGUAUCCAAUCCCCAUAAACAAAGCAGUUAAUUACACUUUGAACAGGAGAGCCAGAGCAAUUAAUCCAACCACCAUUGAAGAAGCUCCAGACCAGAGAAAGGUGACGAGUCUGAUGACUGAUAAGCACCCAGCUUCCUCGGAACCCAAUUGAAGAUGGUUCUCCACCAAAAGUCUCUGACUUUGAUCACUAUCAUCACCAUCCUUAUCACUACAACCUCCAUAGCCACCAUAGCCAGAGCUCAAAACUCAAGCUUCUGCGAAACCACAUGCGGAUCGGGAAAAUCAGCCAAGUCGGUUCAGUACCCAUUUGGGUUCUCAGAAGGAUGCACAAUCCCAUUUAACUGUUCUGACAAAAACGAAAUCAAACUCGGCAAAUUCACAGUCCAAAACGUAACCGGAGUCAGCAUCUUCGUCCACCUCCCUGCACAAUGUAACAGAAAGUACCAAUCCAUAGCCCCUCUCUUCGGCCAAUACUUCGGCCCAAGCUGGAACAACAGCCUUCUCUUCCAAAACUGCACAUCUCCUCCACACCCUGGCUGCCAAAUCCCAGCUGAAUUUGUUCAGAAGCGGUUCAAUUUAUCGCGCUGCGAUAAUAUCACCUGUAUGUCACAACAGGCGCCUAACGGCUCCGAUAUUAUGACAAUUGAGGACUUGAAUCGGAGCCGGUGCAAUUACUUGUUCGGAUCGUUUUCGGUUCAGUCGGGUCGGGACUCGCUGCUGUCGCUCGAGUUCGAGACGCUUCAGUUGGGUUGGUGGCUCAACACCAGCCAAGCCACCAACCGUUGUGAAUGCCAUUCGAAUGCCACGUCUACGACGGUGAAGCUCGGUGAGGGGAAGCCACCUGGGUGCCGAUGCAGCUGCAACGCUGGGUUUCACGGCGACGGGUUCAAAAGCGGGUCGGGUUGCAAGACAGUGAGCCAACCGGUUUCUCAUUGCAAUGCUUCAAAGUACAUGUCUGGUCGUUGUGGGGGAACAACUAGAGUUGCUGUGCUUAUCGGAGGGUUUGUUGCUGGAGCUUUCUUAAUGGCCGGUCUAUUUCUUCUCUGUUACUUUGUUCGACGCCGUUCCACUUGCUUGAGAAACCAGAUGAGUGCAAGGCGCCUUCUAAGUGAAGCUGCAGGCAACUCUAGUGUUCCAUUAUAUCCCUAUAAAGAAAUAGAAAGAGCCACUAAUUGCUUUGCUGAGAAACAAAGGCUGGGCACAGGGGCUUUUGGUAUAGUUUAUGCAGGAAAACUCCACAAUGAUGAGUGGGUUGCCAUAAAAAAGAUUAACCGGCGAGACACCAACAGCAUUGAUCAAGUCAUGAAUGAGAUCAAGCUCCUUUCCUCUGUGAGCCACCCGAAUCUAGUACGCCUCUUAGGUUGCUGCAUAGAGGGAGGUGAACAGAUCCUUGUCUAUGAAUAUAUGCCUAAUGGAACUCUGUCUGAACAUCUGCAAAGAGAGAGGGGCCAAGGACUUCCAUGGACCAUAAGGCUCACGAUCGCUGCCGAAACUGCUAAUGCUAUAGCCUAUCUCCAUUCUGCGAUGAAUCCACCAAUCUAUCAUAGAGACAUCAAAUCCAGCAAUAUACUCCUAGACUACAACUACAAAUCAAAGGUAGCAGAUUUUGGUCUUUCUAGACUUGGGAUGACAGAAUCAUCAUACAUAUCAACGGCACCACAAGGGACUCCGGGCUAUGUAGAUCCUCAAUACCAUCAAAACUUCCACCUUUCUGAUAAAAGUGAUGUUUACAGUUUUGGGGUAGUGUUAGUAGAGAUAAUAACCGCGAUGAAGGUGGUUGAUUUCGCUCGACCUCAAAGUGAGGUUAAUUUGGCUGCACUUGCUACUGAUAGGAUUGGGAAGGGAUGCGUGGAUGAGAUAGUGGAUCCCUUUCUUGAUCCAAACAGGGAUGCUUGGACUCUCUACUCAGUUAACAAGGUGGCUGAGCUUGCAUUCAGAUGCCUUGCUUUUCACAGUGACAUGAGGCCUUCUAUGAUAGAAGUGGCAGAAGAACUAGAGUACAUCCGGCGCAGUGGGUGGGCAACAAUGGAGGAAAAUAUAUGCAUGGAAUCAUCUGCGGCAUCCACUUGUUCAUCGCCAUAUAACGGAAGCGAGAAGUCAUUGGGAGGUGUGACGACUAAGAAGGCUGGCAUACGAAGCCAAAGAUCAAUUGCUUCACUAAGGGUGGAUAGUUCUCUAGCUACCAUGGAGGAGGACAACGACAAGGAUAGCUCCCCUGUUUCUGUACAAGAUCCUUGGUUCAGUGAACAGAGUUCACCUUCAACAAACAGCUUAUUGGGUAAUGUAGUUCACUGACAUAAGAUUAAGACAGACUCUACUCUUUUUGUGUGCUUAACCUCAUAUAUAUUACUAUCGUAUAAAAAAGUACUGUUAAUAGUGAAAACCAUAGAGGUAUUUUUGUC